GCCCCGCACAGGAAACUGAAGCAAGCACAUUAUCACAGUAGAACAUAUCUCCUUAUCUCUUUUCGUGUCUACAGGAAAAAUGAUGAGAACUCUGAUCACCACACACCCACUGCCCCUGCUUCUAUUGCUGCAGCAGCUGCUGCAGCCAGUGCAGUUUCAAGAGGUGGAUACAGAUUUUGAUUUCCCAGAAGAUAAAAAAGAAGAAUUUGAAGAGUAUUUGGAACAAUUUUUUAGUACAGGGCCCACCAGACCACCUACCAAAGAAAAAGUCAAAAGACGUGUCCUUAUUGAACCUGGAAUGCCAUUAGAUCAUAUAGACUACUGUAAUAGUGAAAUCAUGAGAAAAAAUGUUUACUACAAACACCGUUGUGUGGCGGAACAUUACUUCCUUCUUAUGCAAUAUGACGAGCUCCAAAACAUCUGUUACAACAGAUUUGUGCCAUGUAAGAAUGGAAUUAGGAAAUGUAACAGGAGCAAAGGUCUUGUAGAAGGAGUGUAUUGUAAUUUAACAGAAGCAUUUGAAAUUCCAGCGUGUAAAUACGAAUCAUUUUAUAGGAAGGGCUAUGUCCUUAUCACUUGUGCAUGGCAAAAUGAACUACAAAAACUGAUUCCUCAUACUAUAAAUGACCUCGUGGAGCCAACUGAACACAGAAGUUUCCUCGGUGAGGAUGGUGUCUUUGUCAUACCGCCCUAGCAGAGUGUUCUCUGAGAGCUUAGGGUG